UACUAUAUAUUUAUAUAUUGCUACCAACAAUUGCUUCUCCCCACAUAACGCUACUCUUCAUCUCUUACCAUCAUCAACCGAUCAUUAUAUUAGAAUGGAAUCAACACCUAAUUUUGUGAAAAGGGUGCUUAGAGAAGCACUUGGCGACGACGUUAGCGAUUUCAAACUACUGGUAUUUGCUGUUCAUGCUUUUAUUCUUGAAUCAGGGUUUGUUCGUGUGGAUCACGUUUCAGAUGAAGUUUUGGAAUUGUGGAAGAUAGUGAACGAUAGGCUUGCAUUUCCACUUUUAAUUGAUCUUUGUGAUAAAGCUGGAUUGAUUCUUCCACCUUGUUUUAUGAGCCUCCCAAUGGAACUUAAGCUCGUAAUAUUUGAGUAUCUUCCUGGUGAUGAUUUGGCCAAAGUCUGUUGUACUUGUUCAAAGUUGCAAUACCUUGCCUCAAAUGAUGAGUUAUGGAAGAAAAAGUUUGAGGAGGAGUUUGGACAAAGUGUGAAUGGUAUGAGGUUUUAUAAGAGCUUGUAUGCUCAAUACCGGGAAACAAAGAAGAAUUCAGAGCAAUCGUUUUCUUUUCGAAUUCCUCGGACUCGUAUUUUGAGAUACUUUCAAAGGAGAAGAGGUGGUGGUUAGUGUCAUCUUGGAGGAUUUAAAAGAAUAAUCCGGUGAUUCCAAGUGUUAGGAAUGAAUCCUUGUUAACCUUUGUGUGGAAAAGACCUUGCUAGAGUGAAUGAUGUAAUGAGUUUUAUAAAAUAUUAAAAUGUAUUAGGUCUUUUGGUGAAAUAUAUUUACUUGCUCACAAGUCUAAAUAAA